AUGCUNCCAAAGACGCCCCACCCCCUUCGGAAUCGCCUGGUCAGGUCCUCAUCGCAUCCAUCGCGUGCACUACCGGGCAAUCCAGUCAAUGAUGACGUCUCCUCGGACGAGGAAGACGAGAUGCCACCACCGGAAGCCGCAGAAGCCGAGGACCAAGGUCUGGAUGACCUACACGUACAUGCUAGGCCACAUGCAGAGACCAAAUCCCUGAGCCAGCCACCACCCGCUGUAGGCGGUCCAAUCAAACGACCGGCCCAGCAUUUUCCCGGACACCUUGAUAUAAGGCGCAAGCGACGUCCAGUAAGGAUGGUCGCUAUUUCUCCGCCGCCCACCAAGAGGACUCAGCAGCCACGUCCCCACGAGAGGCCAGGGACGUCGGCCAACCCCCAGCAGAGCCAACCAGCCGCCAGCCGGACUACCGGAGCAGCCAACAUUGGACAGCCCCCACCCCCAGUGCCAAAGACACUCUAA